CCACUCAUUUAUCUAUUGUGAGUAAUAUAUUUGUCAUAUGUUUAGACCUCUCUGGCGAGAACUCUUCAAGCAAUAAUUUCUACCUGGUUGAAGGGACACAAAUACAGAGAACAUAAUAGUGGAGUUUACUUAUUUCCAGCUGUUUAGAGUAUAGACAAAAUGCAGAUUACCCACAUAUCCAGACAAAAGACUGCAUCCUGGACAAAGAGGGAUGUGGAUUGGAGAUUUGAAUGAUACUGUACAGUGUUCCAGAAGAGCCGUACUGAGCAGGUGAUCCUGGAACGAUCCUCAGGACACUCUACUGUAGGGGGGACGUUUUGGUGGAUCAAUGAGGCUUUUACAUGGGGAGAGACGGAGAGCGCUGAGCUAGUCUGUUCCAGAUCUGGAGUGGGAGAGGUGGAUGCAGAACACACCCCCAGCCGCUGAACAGAAUGUUUCAUCGCCGGGGGUGACCACUGUGUCCACGUUCCAGAGUGUAAAGAAACAAUAGAGAAUGAUCAGGAGCUGUGAGGUCGCCGCCUGGUGUUGUUUGUGUGACUAUAGGAGGUUAUAAGUACAGGAGCUCACUGUCCACUCGCACCCAGUUCAACCCUGACCCUCACUCCUUCACUGCUUGGCCUCUUCCUCUCCCUUUGGGAUUGACCUGAGCGCUCUUCCUCCUGUCCUCAACGUGGAGCCACAGAUCCAUGCACCCGCAGCGUCCUCUCCCCCAGGCCAUGCCCUCCUCCCUGGGGCAGAACCUACGUGAUGUGGCCAUGGGCCUGGGCAGAGGGAAAAACUUCCUGGGUGGAAACAUUGCCUAUGGCUUCAUCCAGUCCUUCAAAGAGUGUCUUUACUUCCUGCUCUGCUGCUGGUGCAUUAAGGAGAUACUGGACUGACUGGCUGACUGAGACACCACGAAAGAGAGAGUUUGUCCUCUUCUUUUCCCCUCACUAGCUGUAUUGAAAACAGCAACAUGUUAAGCCAUUGCCCAUGAUGCAGUUGUGUAUUCCUGGCCGGAGCUGUGAGAGACAUAUUUGGGAACCUCCAUUAUUCUCUGAUCCAGAGUCAGUCAAUCUGGCGAUCUGCAGUGUGUGAGGCAUCGCCUGAACACCAAUCCGCUGAUCGUAAACCUGUGGAGAAACCCAAGCUAUAUGGCAUUAGACAGAUGGAUUUAGUUUAGGCGAUUCUGCUUAGGUGACAUUUUCAUUUGUUUUCUGCAUAAUAUUAAUGAGGAAUAAAAGU